AAAUUAUUCUUCCUUUGUGGUGUUGGUUGAGAUAAGUCUAAUAUUUUUAUAAAAAAAGUUAGGCUUAAAUUUAACAUUUGAAUACUUUGUUGUCGAUGAACUUAACUGAACAGAUUUCAAUACCUACUUAAAACUAACUUUAAGUUCAAUUGGAUUUAAACAGGCAAUUUGCAUAUAUUCUAACCUAAAUCAUAAACAGCAAACUUUUAGCAUUCAGUAAACGAUGGAAACAAACACUAGUUUUGAUGAUAAAUUUAAACUGCUUCAGAAAUAUAUUAAGGAAAAUUACUCAGUUGAACAGUAUUCAGAGAUGUUUUCAUCUUUAAAAAAUAACCAUGAAAAAGUUGGCAUGGCAUAUUACUUAUUUUCUGAGGCAAACCUAUUACCUCAUGGAUUAGAAAAUCACCCUAAAUCUCCAAAAGAGUCUUUGGCCUUUAGAGAAAAGGGUAAUAAGGAGUUCCUUCUCAAACAGGACCUGCUUGCGGUACAAACUUAUUCUGUAAGUGCAGCUUUUGCUCCCAUAGGAAGUGAAGAACUGGCCCUUGCCUAUGCCAAUCGUUCUGCCGUUACUUUAUCUUUGAACGAGUUUGAAACAUGCUUAGAAGAUAUCGACCGUGCUCUUGCAGGAAAAUAUCCUGAACAUUUAAAGUUUAAACUGUAUGAGAGAAAAGGGAAGUGUCUCAAGUCAAUUGGGAAGAACAAAUUAGCUGCAGAAAUGUUUCAGUUAGCACUGAAGUCAUUGUCCUGUUCAAAUCUCAGCGAGGAAAAAUUAAUAUCAACAACAUCAGCAUUUAAAAACCUUUUGAACUCGUGUUCUGCAAAUAGUUAUAGAGACAAAUCUGAGAAAGAAUGUCCACCAUGUUUCUCAGAAAGCAGGAAUGAAAUGAUUCUGUCUGCAUCAUCUCUUGUUCAGAUUGAAUACUCCCAGGAACUUGGACGUCAUUUAGUUGCAACUUCCGACAUAGAACCUGGAGAUGUGCUUGUUAUAGAAAAACCAUUUGCAUCCGUGUUAUUACCUUCGUCCUACAACAAUUACUGCUUUCACUGCAAGAAGAGAUGCCACUCACUGAUACCUUGCUUGUACUGUGUUGUGGCCAUGUUUUGCAGUGAGACUUGUCGAUCGGACAGCUGGGACUCAGACCAUAGAAUUGAGUGUGGCUUAGUUCCUUUGCUUGUUGCUCUCGAUUUCACUAAAAUUGAACUCAUAUCACUCAGAACUCUAAUGAGAGCCACUAGUCAGGGUAAAUCUUUGAUAGAGCUCAUGGAAAGUAUUUCAGAAACAGAUGCGGCUAAAGACCCCAAAUUAAAAGGUCUAGAUGACAGAGGCCAAUAUAACUCAGCUAACUACAAAACAGUCCACCAUCUAGUAGGUAAUCUCGAGCUCAGGUCAAACGCCGAUAUCUUCCGAAGAGCGGCUACAGCCGCUUAUAUUUUACACCUGUUAGAAAAAAAUACAGAUUACUUCUCGUCGAUUGAUAACACGGCGAUCGGUGAGAGGGUCGAAAACAACUUGCCGUAUUCAGCAAAGCUUUUUGUUGGUGGACUGCUGUUCCGGUACUUGAUGAUUGUGCCGUCAAACGCUCACGAAGUGUCGGAGAUGGUGAUGAGAAAGAGAGAGGGAGAGAUGGUUUGUGAGAGUGUGGAGGUUGGAGGUGGUUUGUUCCCGGUCUUGUCUCUCAUCAAUCAUUCCUGUGAUCCCAAUGUGGUGAGACACAGCCAUCAGGGUGAUUUGACAGUGCUCACUGCCAUACAAGCCAUCCCCUCUGGUCACCAGAUAUUUGACAAUUAUGGCUACCACCACGCCAUGCAUGACGUACAGACAAGACAGAGUAGCCUCUGGUCUCAGUAUCACUUCAGUUGUGUAUGUCAAGCAUGUCAGGAGGAUUGGCCAAUCUACUCUCAGCUCCCCGACUCUAACCCGACAUAUAUCUUACCCAGCUUGAAAGACGAUGUGGAAAAAUCAUCAGAGAUUUUCCAAGAUGUAGUAAGGGAUAUUAAGUCGGGAGAGAUGGAUGGUAAAUUGGCAUUCCUCUAUGCCCACCUUGCCUUGCUGCAUCGUAGUGUGAAGCGGCCGUGGAAGGAGUACAGCGUAUGCCAAGAAGCCAUCAAACAAUGCCUGAGCUCUAAGGCUAACCAUUAUAUGGCCCCUUGAUCUACAACAGCUGAUAACAUUCUUAGUGAAACAAUUCUCAUCUGAAUGAGGAAGACACCUUCUAAGAAAUGUAUCUCUUUAAUCGUAUCAGAGUUGUUAAGUCGAGUAUUAAUUUUAUGUUAAUGGUUUGAUUAUCAAAAAUAUGGAUUUGUGAUUCAUCAUCAUUGGGAUUUCAAAUAAUGAUGCUUUCUAAAUGAUUGCUGAUGUAUGACAGUAUUAAAACAGAGGUAACAUUUCCUUAAAAUAAAUUUAAAAAAAAUGCAAUCCCUGUUGGUUGAAAGGUUGUGAGAGUAGUUACAUUAAGUUUUAUUGAUUUAUGUUUUGUUGUGUAAAUCUUACUUUUUUGUGAAUCGAUUUUGUUGUGCUUCUGAAUGUUAAUUUGUUUUAUUAUGUUUGGUUUUCAUAGUUUACCCGUCCUUGAUCUUUAAGCUUUUCGUAGACUGUCCUGGCUAAUGAAACAGCUGGUCUUGGCCAGUAACCAUCUCAUUAGUUACACCCGCAUUACAAAGAGUGAUUUUAGGGAGUAUAUUACGUACGGUAUUGAUUGUUUAAAAUUAAAAAAGAUAAAUGUACAAAUGUCCUCUAAGGAAGGUGACAAAAACGAACUUUUAAUUGUUCAAUCAAGUAAAUAGAUAUGAGUAGAAAACUAUUUAUAGUAAUCAAAAGACUAAAUAUACAAUUUAAAAAAGACAUUUUCUUAAGAUUUUGUUGUCGUUGAGUGAAAUGCAGGAUAAAAAACUGAAGCUGAUUUAUAAACCUAAUGCUGUGGGCAAUGAAAGAUCUAUUCAUUUACAGCAUUUUUAUUUUUGUAGUGUGAAGUAUAAACUCUUAAUCGCCAUGUUUUCGUGAAUUUAAGGGACAGAAAGAGAACAUCCUUUCUGGUCCAAUGGACGAGAGAUUUCCAUGAAUUAAUGUCCAACAAACUCAAGUCACAGCAAGUUUUAAUCUGACACCAGUACUCACAUCACUUUUUCUACUACUUUCUUGGCGGUUCCCAACCGUAUGCGACGAUUAUUUGUUUUCAAUGUAAAGUCAACGCCCUCGCCAAGUAUGAAACAAGUUCUGUAGUAAGAUUUCUGUGUUCUAAGGUGUCAGCGGCAUUAAAGUCCAUUGUCCGUUAAAGGGCGUGAUUGGAGUAAAGUGUUUUAUUGUAGACACUUGUAACACAAAUAUCUAUUCACCUGUUUCUUCAUAGAUCCUGUGUUCAAGGGGUGAAGAGAUUUAAUUUAUAUACAACACUUAAACCUAACCAGUUUAAAAAAAGUCUAUUUAGCAAAUAAAGUUUCCUCAACUUUAAUCACUGUCUCAAUGGUUACUCACGAACACCUGCAGCCGGCCUCAUAGAACAAAUGUUUUCUGCAAACUCAAGAUUUAUUCUAAGUUUUUCUACGCCUAAACACAUUAAUGCUUACACUAUCAAAUAACAAUGUUUUCCAAUAGAGAUAGAAUCCUAGCCAUAACUGCCACUAACCAUGUUAAGACACUUUUAACUCUAAACAAAAUGGUACAACCCUCGAUCCUGUAAAAAUUACAGGUCAAAUUUAAUUGCAAUUUUUUGUUAUUUUUCCAAUGCCCAUUUUUUAGUAUAUCAUAGUUACUACCACCACCUUCCUAUCUUAAGGGUUGUAGACGAGGUAAUAGGAGUAAGUAUGUGUCAGUUUGCAGAUAUUGUUUAUUAAAUAGUUAUUUGUGCAACUAGUGAGCAAAGGGAGGAAUUGACUCACUCGAGAGAAAUACUUACUCACUCGCCUACGGCUCAAGAGGAAUGGUUUCUAGAGUGAGGCAAUUGCACUUUGCACUCGAGUUGCACAUUAUAUUUUUCCUACAGUUACCAUAAAACAAAUAAAUUGGUAAAGAAACGUGACAUAUUUUUACACAGAAGUGAACUUUUAAUGACAUUUAAUGUGAAGUGACAAAUACAACAGUACAACAGCUGACCAGCUGAUUUACAGCCAGUGCUGCCAACAUAUUUCGCGUGCAUACGACCUUGUCUGCAUGUUACGCGCUCACUAUUUCGUGCCUUCAUGUUGCAAAUCUGGAGUGAGACAAAGUAAUUAGAGUGAGACAAUGUUAACAUUGUCUCACUGAUGAGUGAAUUGGCCACUUAGCUUUCUCAAAUCAGUGAGAGAACAUGUACAUUGUUAGGUAACUGUAGGGAAAAAUAUUUUGGUUGCAAAUGUACGAUUUUUCUCACUGUACGUUAUAAAUAAUUCAUACAUUUCUUUACUGUCCCACAGACAGACAUACUUCACCAGCCCAAAACUGUUAACAUGAUUUAAAAAAAUCCUGUUUAUAUUUAAAGUCUUGCUCUGUGUAUAAUGAAUAUAAUUUUUUUACAAACUACUCAGAAUAGUGUCACAGUAUAGUAACUCCCAAGCAACCAACAUGACCUUGACUGUGCAGUUACAGGACUAUUUAAAAUAGGUCAAUCUUCUAUUAUUAUAGCUUCAAAGAUCAGAAAUUUUAUGAAGAAAUAUUCGUAUUCGAUGAAAAAAAUAUAUAAAAAACGUAUAAGUCCAAUAAUGUUAAUCAGGACUGUUUAUUUAUUGAAAGAAUAAAAAAGUUGAACAUAGAUUGUGUAUGUACUUAUUAUUUAUUAUACACCAUUCACAAGUUUUAGGCCGUUUGAGGGUAAGCGAUUCCAUCCCCUCCACUUCUCCCUCUAUGAAACAACAGCUGACAGCUGACAGACAGCUGAUAUAUAAAUUAAGCUAAACAAGCAGCGGGGGAACCCAGGAAU